AUGACAGAAUUAUCCCUUAUUCCAAUAGAAGUUCGAUGCCGUCCACCUCGUGUGAAUAGUGCAGAACUCUCUAAAGUUAUCACAAGUUUUAUUCGUCAAACUCACAGAAUUAUUCGUCCAGGUGAUAUUCUCUCACUUGCGAAUGCCUCUGAACUUAUCGCAUCGACGGUGGAAUUCCUUCGAGUGUGUGAUGUGUAUUGUCCACCACAGGGCAUUAUCACCUCAGAGGCAAAGUAUACAUUUGUAAUGUACACUCUUCAGAGUCCACAGAUAUAUGAAGGACUAUCGGAUUAUGAAGAUAUGGGGAUUCAUUCUGAUAUGAAUGGAGAUGGUGGGGGAGAAUUAUUACCUUCUUGUACGGUAUUGCCAUUACCAAAUCCAUCAUUAGAAGGAUUAUGGGAAUCUCUCUUUUAUGGAGAAACGUUAAGUGAUUCUGCUCAUCUUAAACGUGGUCUAUUGCAGUAUAUGCGGGCAGCUAUGAUAUUUUCUAUAUCCGGUGUAAAUCCACAUACGGUGGCUUGGAAUAGACUCUUGUUAUUUCACGGUCCACCUGGUACCGGUAAAACAUCUCUCUGUAAGGCUUUAUCUCAUAAAUUGGCAAUACGACUUGCGGAUGUUUUUCCUUCUGCCGUACUUGUAGAGAUUAACGCCCAUAGUCUCUUUAGUCGAUGGUUUAGUGAAAGUGGAAAGCAAGUAAUGCUUCUUUUCAAACGUAUUCAUGAAUUGGCAGAAAAACCGGAUUGUUUAUUAUGUAUUUUAGUAGAUGAAGUAGAGAGUCUGGCAGCAGCACGACAAUCAGCGAUGAAAGGAAAUGAACCUUCUGAUGCUAUAAGAGUUGUAAAUGCACUUCUUACACAAUUAGACAGUUUACAGCGUAGACAUAAUGUUGUGGUUCUAGCCACUAGUAAUAUAACUGGUGCUAUUGAUGUCGCCUUUAUUGAUCGAGCUGAUAAGAAAAUAUUUAUUGGAAUGCCAGGUUUACAAGCCCGUAUCGCACUUCUUAAAUCAAGUACAGAGGAAAUGAUUGAAAAGGGUUUAAUUUUUAGUUUAAUUUCUUCUAAUGAGGAAAUGAGUAAUGAAGUGAAGUAUUUAUCAAUGUCAUCUCAUAAUGGAAUAUUAAAUCAAAAACAAAUACAACAAUUGGAAGUUAUUGCUAGAGAGUGUGAAACACUCAGUGGAAGGACAUUAAAGAAAUUGCCUUUUUUGGCUUACAGUGAAUCUGCAAAUGGUACUACUAAUAGUACCAGUUCUCAUGCAAUCUCUUUUGCAGCCUAUAUACAUGGGCUAGAAAAGGCUGUACGGGAGGAAAUAUCAGCUAAAAAAAAUAUGGCAUCCUAA